AUGAGGCCCACAGCUCUGGGCUCCCCGGGCCACGCACCCCCAGAAGAUGAGGGGCCCAUCACGGUGAAGCUGGAGGAGUCUGAGGAGGAGGGUGAAGCCGCCCCAUGGGAUCCCGGCCCAGAGGCUGCACGACAGCGUUUCCGGCACUUCCACUAUGAGGAGGCAGUGGGUCCCCGCGAGGCGCUGGCCCGGCUCCGUGAACUCUGCCGCCAGUGGCUGCGGCCCGAGGUGCACUCCAAGGAGCAGAUGCUGGAGCUGCUGGUGCUGGAGCAGUUCCUGGGCGCGCUGCCCCCCGAGAUCCAGGCCCGCGUGCGGGGACAGCAGCCAGGCAGCCCUGAGGAGGCCGCUGCCCUGGUCGAGGGCCUGCGCCGGGAGCCAGGAGGGCCCCGGAGAUGGGUCACAGUCCAGGUGCAAGGCCAGGAGGUGCUAUCAGAGAAGAUGGAGCCCUCCGACUUCCAGCCCCUCCCUCAAAUCACACCUCGGACUCCAGAACCUGGACUUGAGAUGCCCCGUGGGGCCACACAGGAGUCGUCACUGGGCCUAUGGGUGAAAGAGGAGCCUGGGGUUACAGAGGAUCCAGGUGAGGAGCUUCUGGACUCUGGGCCUCUAACCAACCCCCAGGAGGCCACUUCCACUGUCCUACCUGAGGAGGCCCAGGGCUGUGGCGUGGCGCUGGACCAGGCCUCUCCCCAUAGUGAGACUGGGCCUGAGGGGUCCUCAUGGACGGAGCACCCUGAGGCCCUGUGGCAGGAGGAAGCUGGGAGCAUCUUCUCCCCGGGGUUUACACUCCAGAUGGACAGCAUCUCUGCUGGCCCAGACACUGUGAGCCCCCACAUCCACCUCCCCUGGGACCUCGGCGUGGCCAGCCUCACGGGCCAACUCGAGUCACCCUCCCUCGAAGGUGGCUUCUCGCACGCGCUGGUGCUCUCCAGCGACCCGGGAGGUGAGCAGGACCCCACGUACGAUCCCCGCCAGGGCGUGGGCCCCGGGCUGGCCGCCGCUCGCUGGCGUGCCGCCAGGGGCCGGAGCCGGGGUCGAGGUCGCCCCAGCACAGGCGCCGGAGCCGUGCGAGGUGGCCGCUGCGACGUGUGCGGGAAGGUGUUCAGCCAACGCAGCAACCUGCUGAGGCACCAGAAGAUACACACGGGAGAGCGGCCGUUCGUGUGCGGCGAAUGCGGCCGCAGCUUCAGCCGCAGCUCGCACCUGCUGCGCCAUCAGCUCACGCACACCGAGGAGCGGCCGUUCGUGUGCGGCGACUGCGGCCAAGGCUUCGUACGCAGCGCGCGCCUGGAGGAGCACCGGCGCGUGCACACGGGCGAGCAGCCCUUCCGCUGCGCCGAGUGCGGCCAGAGCUUCCGGCAGCGCUCCAACCUGCUGCAGCACCAGCGUAUCCACGGCGACCCCCCGGGCCCCGGCGCGGCACCCCCGGCGCCUCCUGGCGCGCCGGAGCCCCCAGGCCCCUUCCCGUGCAGCGAGUGCCGCGAGAGCUUCGCACGGCGCGCCGUGCUGCUGGAGCACCAGGCGGUGCACACAGGCGACAAGUCUUUCGGCUGCGUGGAGUGCGGCGAGCGCUUCGGCCGCCGUUCGGUGUUGCUGCAGCACCGGCGCGUGCACAGCGGCGAGCGGCCCUUCGCCUGCGCUGAGUGCGGCCAGAGCUUCCGGCAGCGCUCCAACCUCACGCAGCACCGGCGCAUCCACACGGGCGAGCGGCCCUUCGCCUGCGCGGAGUGCGGCAAGGCCUUCCGCCAGCGGCCGACGCUCACGCAGCACCUGCGCGUGCACACGGGGGAAAAGCCCUUCGCCUGCCCUGAGUGCGGCCAGCGCUUCAGCCAGCGUCUGAAGCUCACUCGCCAUCAGCGGACGCACACCGGCGAGAAGCCCUACCACUGCAGCGAGUGUGGCCUGGGCUUCACGCAAGUCUCGCGGCUCACCGAGCACCAGCGCAUCCACACAGGCGAGCGGCCCUUCGCCUGCCCGGAGUGCGGCCAGAGCUUCCGGCAGCACGCCAACCUCACGCAGCACCGGCGCAUCCACACGGGCGAGCGGCCGUACGCAUGCCCCGAGUGCGGCAAAGCCUUCCGCCAGCGGCCCACGCUCACGCAGCAUCUGCGCACCCACCGGCGCGAGAAGCCCUUUGCCUGCCAGGACUGUGGCCGCUGCUUCCACCAGAGCACCAAGCUCAUCCAGCAUCAGCGCGUCCACAGUGCAGAGUAGCCAGUGCGCGCUGCACCCCCUCUCCGCCCUCACCUCGUUCCUUCGUGCGGGGGGGGGGGCAGGGGGGGCUGCAGAACACCUACCUCGCGGGGAUGCUGUGAGGCCUGUGAUCACGUGGGUACAAGCCAGCCCUCUUAGGGCCCGGUGCCCAGUAGGUGCUCAAUAAACAGUACACGGAACCUG